AUGGCAUCGGCCUAUCCGCUCCCGCCUUCGAAGAAACAGUGCCUCGAGCCUUCCGCAACCGCAGCAGUUCCCGCUUGCGCCAUUCCCCCGCCGCACGCGCAAGCGCAAGCGCCGCUUUGCCCGCCAACUGCUUUCGCGGCCGAGAUCGUCAGUACCGCUGAUGAGGUGAAAGCGGAUCUUGCUCUUCUUCAAGUUGGGAGCGCGUCUGCGCAAGCUCAGCGCGGAAUGGGCUUCCACAGCAGCAGCUGCAGCAGCAGUGACGAGGACGAGGAGGGUGAUAGCGACGCCGAUCUCACCGCGUUCGACCAUCUCCCUCAACCACUCAGCGACAGCCACCUGGCGCUCCACUCCGUCAUGGACGGCUCAGAUUCGCAGCGGCUAGGAGGCGCGAUGAGCAGAUGCGAGGGUCUAGGAUCCGCGGGGGUGGGCAGCGGCGCAGCAGCAGCAGGCGAACUGGUUCCCAUGGCGCUGGUUUCCCCUCCUCUCCCAGGCACAGUCCCCCUUCCCUCAGGCGCUCUGGAUGGGCUCACACUAGAAAUGGACGAAAAUAUUCGAUUGGGAGGGGAGGAGAUGGGGAAUGAUGUGAGGAGGGAUCUAGGGGAGGACGUGGGGGAGGAGGACGUGAGGUUGGAUGCGGCCAUGUGUCUGUCGCCAGAGGAGUUUGACUCGUUUGACUUGGGCCUGCCGCCUGGCGUGUGCCUCUCCCCCAUGCCUGGAUUCACUGGCAGUAUCUUUGCCCAUGCUGCUGCUACCACCCCUGUUGCUGCUUCUGCAUCUGCCGCUCCUGCUGCCACCCCUGCUUCUGCCGCCCCUGUUGCCUUUUCAGGGAUUUGCUGUGCCCAAUAG